AUGACUGCAGCUGCGGACUUUCGCGCAAGAAACGUUUCAUCGAAUAAUCGAAGCCAAAGGCGAAUUAUCCCCGAGGAACCGCAUCCGUUUUUAUUGAAAAAAGAAAAGGAGAAAAAACAAGAAAAACGAUAUCAAAGCCUUCCCACCGCUUUCGAAAAUAUUACUGAAACUGAAGAAGAGGCCACUAGUACAAGUGAUUAUUCUUCAUCAACGAGUCUUGAUGGCCGUUCUCCAUACGCUGUAAGGCAAGAAGAUUGUUCUUGUUAUAUUAGGCCAGUCACACAAACAGCGUUUUUUUCACAUCCUCUAAUCAGUCCAAAACUGGGACGUCGUUCCGCAAGUGAUAAAUCAUCAAAUCGCUUAUGCCGUGGAUUCAGUGAUCCAGUCGUUAGAAAAAAACGAUCAUUUUCGUCAUUAAUGGAUCGUUUGUCGGAUAGUGGAAGCUUUGAUCAAAUUUAUAACGAUUUCUUAAAUUUGCCGCCUAUCCCGGAAAUUUCACCGCCUUCGAGACAUAAUGAAAUUGAUGAAUCCAAAGGUUUCGUGGAACAGCUAAGAGUUUCAAUCGAUUCGGACGAUUCAUUCGAGCUGAAUUGA